AUUGGAGUGGAAGAGUUUUUGCAUUUCAUUAGAACAACUUGAUUGCUUAGGACUAUAUGUCCAUAAUGUAAGUUCCAACGGCAUGGAUUGUAGACUCGCUAGUCGCUGCCCCUGAACAGAUAUAAAACACCCACAGUGCCACUAACCAGAUACUCUAUUUACUAUCAUGCCCUUCUCUUCAAGAUUCAUGGCGGGAAGAGGCCGUUUCGUUUCUUCGUUUCUUCAAGAAACAAAGAAUCGGGGGAACUGUCCCUUCUUCUUCCUCCUUCUCCUCCUUACCACCGUCACGCCCGUCACUAAGUCCACCACCACCUUCACUCCUGCACCGUCACCACUGAUGCUUCCUUCGCCGGCCCAAGUGACGCCUCCCUCGCCGAUCGCCAUGGCGCCUCCUUCGCCGGCACCCCAGCUUCACCGCAAUCAGCAGCAGAUUAACAACAUAAUCGACGCCUUAAUUGGCUCUGGAGACUUCAACAGCUGGGCGGACAUCCUCUCCGUAGCCGAUGUCGCCGACCUACCUUUCUCCGUCACUCUCUUUGUCCCCGCGGACGAAUCUAUCCCUACUACCAUCACCAUCGAACCUUUCGUCGUCCUCUAUCACAUAGUCCCACAACGCCUCUCUUUCUCGGAGCUCUGCCUCUUGAAGCCUCUGUCUCGGCUUCCCACUCUUUUUCCCUCCAAAACUGUCCUCAUCACCAACAAUUCCCUCUCCAAUUUCACCAUCGACGACCGCCUUAUUUCCCGCCCGGACCUCUACACCACCCAUUCCGUCGCCGUUCACGGCAUUGCCUCCCUUCUUGACUACUCCAUUUACGGGAAUGGCCUGCCAACGUCGUUUCCGACCCCUAAGCCACCAUCACCACCGUCCCCGCCUGGAAUCUUGACACUUCCAGGAAUUGGUCAGUUAAAAUCAAAUGCAUUGCGCUUCCACACGGAGUUUUGGGUGGUCUUCUUGGUAGUUCUUGGUGCUCUUUUGGUAUGACCUUACUGUGUGCUCAAUGUAAGCUGUGUAAACUGUAAAGGAUUCUUAUGGGAUUUGAUUUCUUUCAUUUCUCUGUUGUUGGUUUAUUAAUCAGAUAUGUGAUUUUCAUAAUCAGACUGGGUUUCGCCCCAAAUUGACAAAUCUUCACCAAGGUCAUACCUUUUUGAUUGAAUGUA